UUAUAAUGGGUUCCAGGUAGAUCUAAGCUCCUUAUUGGCUGGAUAAGGGAGGAUGAGGUCAGAAAUACAUGGGUCAGGCUCUAAAGGUCACAGUGGUGUUUUGAUAUCGAUGAGGAAUUUGAUCGGGAGCCAGUGGAGGGAAAAUAAAACUGACUGAUCUAUGAUCUGUUGUUCUUUCUAGUUUCUGCACUUUGACAGUUUGGAGACGUUCAAAGACAUCAGCUGUGAUUCAAAAUGUUUCACUGGUUCAUCCACCUGCUCCUCCUGACUGCCUGCUCAGCUCAGAGUAUAGGUGAGUCCACAGGAUCUGUGGCCACCAGCUGUGAGGCCUGUCACCAACUGGCUCGAUGCCACACCUCCCUCCAUGACAACAGUGUCCAGACUGUGGACAUGUCCUGCCGCUGUGACGAUGGUGUGGUGGGAGAUGGCUUCACCUGCUACAACAAAACCACCUGUACCAAUGCGUGCUGUGGCCGAGGCUACCGCUGGUCACUGCUCCAGGGCUGCGUGGACAUCGAUGAGUGCUCACUGCCCCACCCCCCAUGUGGUCCAGGCGAGCUCUGCGAAAACACCCCAGGCUCCUUCUCCUGCCUAGUGACGCCUGUCCCAAAACAAAAUGUUGCUGCCAAACCCAAAUCCCGCUCAGUGAGGAUCGCCUGUGGCAACACUCAGUGCCCUUUUGGUCAGGACUGCCUCCAGUUGGAUGGCGCAGCUCGCUGCAUUGACCCGUGUCAGCACUACACUCCAUUACAAGACGCCUGGAGAGCUACGGACUUCAAGGCCAACCCAGAGUCUGUGGCCUGUGACAGCCUCACUGACUGGCAGGGCUGGUAUCGCCUAUUCAUUGGUAACAGCAGCGUUCAGAUGCCGGAGCGUUGCAUUGAGAGUCACAUGUGUGGGACUGAUGCUCCACUGUGGCUCCAGACCCCCCACCCAACAACUGCACAGGGCAUCAUACAGGGGAGGGUUUGUGGCAGCUGGGAGAGAGGCUGCUGCCAGUUUCAGUCCCACCCCAUCCACAUGAAAGCCUGUCCAGGAAACUACCAGGUCUACAAGUUUGUGAGCCCGACUCUGUGUCGGCUGGCUUACUGUGCAGAUGUCAACACCACGGUGUGUAACACCUGUGCUGAAGGUGAAACCUGUGUGAGCAGUGACAAGAUCAACUGGAGGUGUGAACGUCAGGCUCUCCAGUCUCCAGUCUUGAGACUGGUGAACGGUGACUCGGUGUGCUCAGGUAGAGUGGAGAUCUUCUAUAACAACCAGUGGGGAACAGUUUGUGAUGAUGCCUGGGACAUUAAUGAAGCCCGGGUGGUCUGCAGACAGCUGAACUGUGGCUCCGCCCAGUCUGCAACUUCUGCUGCCAGGUUUGGACAGGGGGCCGGACCGAUCUGGAUGGAUGAUGUUGGCUGUGUAGGCAGUGAGUCUGCAUUAUCACAGUGUCAGCACCGGGGGUUCGGCACUCAUAACUGCAACCAUGGUGAAGAUGCUGGUGUCAUCUGCUCAGGUCUGCCAGGGGGUUUUCCAGAGCCAGAGCUGGUUUGUGGACAGGACUACCUGCGCCUGAUGGUCCAGAAGAGGGCGCUGCAGGAGCAAGGGUUUAAUGCCUCCUCCGCUCACCUGAUCGACCCACGCUGCCACCAGCAGGUCGACCAUCCGGAGGCGAUGUGGUACCUGGUCGAGCGAAGCAAGGGUGUCUGUGGAAACGUAGUGAAGACCAACGGGACCCACAUCACCUACUCCAACAUGUUGUUUGUUUACCCAGCUGAUCCGACCAACGUCUCUCUCCCCGUCCCGAUGAGCGUCCCGUUCACCUGCGUCUUCCCGCUGGAUGAUGUCACCAGCCUCAAUGCUGCCAUCCAAUACCAGCCACCGGGGGGUCGAGUUGGCGUGGUGCGUUCAGGUGACCCCACCAGAGCGUCUAUGACUCUUUACCAGAGGCCGGACUACAGCCAGCCGUUUCCCUCCGGCCCGGUCAGCCUGCCGCUCGGCUCCGCUUUGCACGUGGGCGUUUCCAUGGAGAACUAUGACAACAACGGCUUCGUCCUUGUUCUGGAGAACUGUUACGUCACAAACUCUCCCAGCGCCGACGAUCUGGUCCAACAUGCCCUGAUCCAGAACCGGUGUCCAGUUGACCGUCGUCAUGUGGCGGUGGUUGAAAACGGGCGGUCGCAGCGAGCUCGCUUCUCGGCACUGCUCUUCCUGUUCCACGGGACGUACGACGAUGUGUAUCUGCACUGCAGGAUCAGCCUGUGUGACCGGGACAGCGGCCCCUGCAGCUCUAACUGUUCCAGACGACAGGCCCGGUCUGCUGGAGCAUCAGCCAAUCAGCUUCCAGUCACUGUUGGACCAAUCAGUUGGUUCUGAGGGAACCAGGCCUUCAACAUCUCACCCUCCUUAUCAAGUCCUGCUCCUGGUCUCUGACAGAAGAAGAAGGUUCUCGAUUCUGUUUGAUUCUUUCAGUUCAUCGUGAGGCUCAGGUGUUAGCCCCUCCCCCUCUGUCUGGAGUCUGUUCUGAUGUUCAGGUGUUAGCCCCUCCCCCUCCUCAGCUGAUGAAGCUAGUUAGCCGUGUUAGCUUUUCCUCUGUAAGAAGGUGAAAGGUGAUGUGUUGUUUUUAUUCUCUGAUCACAGAUUCAAUUCAAUCAAUGUAUCUUUACAAACACAUUCAGCUGUUAAUAUGAUUAUUGAUUCCUUCAAAAUAAA